AUGUUUAAAUUUAUCAUAUUUUACUUAUUUUGCAUUUAUGGAACCCUAGUGUUGUCGUUAAGAAGGGAUAAAUCGCAUAAAAACCUAAUAAUUAAUACUUUGAACAAAAAAUUAAACGUCCAUGGUGAUAUAAAUACAUUUGAAGAUAUAAAAAAACGCCUAGCAGAACAACAUGGUAUUACGGACUAUGAACUUAUCUCAAACAAUAAAAUCUUGAAGGGUGAUGAAAUUUAUUCAAGAGAUAAGCAUAAUGAUUUAAAUUUGGUCUCAAAUGUUAGAGGCGGUUUAAACCUAACGGUCGAAACGAUGCAAGGAAAGAGCAUACAGGUUCAAGUAUCGCAAAAUGAAACGGUUUUGGAUGUAAAAAAGAAGCUGGAAGAAGAACAAACUAUUCCGGUUGACCAGCAGAGACUGAUCUACAAGGGUAAGCUUUUGGAGAACGAGAAAACAAUUGCAGACUAUGGAAUCAAGGACAACGAAGUGUUACAAUUAGUUUUGAGACUUCGAGGUGGAUAG